AUGGAGGGGAGCGGGACUCCUAUCACUUGGGAGUCAUUCAGAACUAAAUUCUACAUGGAAUACUUCCCAGAUAAUGUCAGGUUUGCUAAGGAGGUAGAGUUUCUUGAAUUGACUCAGGGCAACCGAUCGAUAUCGCAGUAUGCAGAUCGUUUUAAACACCUGCUUCGCUUCAACACCAUGUCAAUAAAUGAAGAAUGGCAGUGUCGCAAGUUUGAGAAUGGCUUGAGAAAGGAUAUAAAGUUACUGGUGAAAGGAUUGCGCAUUAGAGAAUUCUCCGCUUUGGUAGAUAUGGCCCGUGAUAUGGAAAAGACUAAGGGAGAACCAGAGGGACCGGGUUCUUCCUCUCAGUCAUCGGGGCAAUCCAGUUUUGUCAGUUCCGUUAGAUGCUUCAAGUGUGGUGGACCACACCUCCAGAUUUCUAGCCCUCAGUUAGAAGGGUAUAGGAGGUGUAAUAUCUGCAGGCAAGAGGGACACUAUGCCAGAGACUGUCCUACUACUAGGAGGGCUUGUGUGGAGAGGCUUGGUUUAGUUGUCAGAGAGCUUCCGUGUGAUCUGGUGGUGUCUACACCAGCAGCUGGGUUAGUUAGGACAUCUAAUGUGUGCUCCAAAUGUCCUAUUGAGGUAGAUGGACGCAGAUUCAGAGUGAACCUUAUUUGCUUACCUUUGCAGGGACUAGAGGUAAUUCUGGGAAUGGAUUGGUUAGCAGCCAAUCGUAUUCUUUUAGAUUGCGGUGGUAAGAAGCUAAUAUUUCCCAAAGAAGAUGAAGACUUGUCGUUAUCACUCGGUGUAUUGAGGCAAGACAUCUUCGAGGGCGCCAGCUGCUUCCUAAUCAUGUUUCAUAUGGACGGGAAUUCUAAUUUGAACUCUUCAGCGCUUGGAAACCAGAGUGUAGACCUUCUGGUUGUGAAUGACUUCAUGGAUGUUUUCCCUGAAGAAGUUCAUGGUUUGCCUCCUUCGCGUGAAGUGGAGUUCUCUAUUGAUCUGGUCUCAAGAGCAGGACCAGUAUCCAUAACCCCUUAUCGGAUGGCUCUAGCUGAGCUGGCUGAGUUGAAGAAGCAGAUUAAAGAGCUGUUAGAGAAACAGUUUAUCCGGCCGAGUGUUUCGCCGUGGGGUGCGCCAGUGUUGCUAGUAAAGAAGAAGGAUGGUAGCUCAAGGUUGUGCGUUGACUAUCGAUAG